AGUGAUUCCAGUUCAGGCGCCAGUCUGCGUUCCGUGAUUAGUGAACACUGAACAGUGAACACCCGCUAAAACCCUCUUUCUCCUCUUGCCACCGCGGCCCCAACCUGUAAACCCCCCGGUGAGCGAUGCGGCGGCUGCCGAAAUCCCUCCUCCUCGCCUGCCUCUCCAGGCCCCUCCGCCACCGCCCCCCGCUCCCUCUGCUCCACCCUUCGCCUCCACAGCCCCCGCGCCCGGGGGCCCGCCUACUCCCCUUCUCCACUCAAACCCUAGCCCCGGCUCCUCCUCCUCCCCCGGCGCCUGAUGCGGCGUCGACGGCCGAGCCCGCGGGCCUCGCGCUUCUGGAGGCCGCGGAGCGGCGCGAGUCCGAGGGCGACCACCAGGAGGCCCUCGCCCUCGCCCUCAAGGCGCUCGCGCCGCUGCAGGCGUCUCACGGCGGGUGGUCGCUACCCGUCGCGCGCGCGCUCCGCCUCGCCGGCACCGCGGCCACCCGCGCCGGCAGCCUCAGCGACGCGCUCGAGUCCCUCGGCGCCGCUGCGGAGAUCGUCGACUACCUGGCCCCCGCGCGGCGCGAGGGGGUGCCUAAGGAGGUGGCGGCUGUCGGCGCCACCGUGUACGAGCAGCUGGCGCGCGCCAAGACGGCCAUGGGGCACCGGUGGGACGCGGUGGGCGACCUCCAGCGCGCGCUGGACCUGAAGCUCCAGUGCCUGGAGGGAGGGAGUGCGGAGCUUGGGGACGCCUACAGGGAUGUCGCCGAGGCCUAUGCGGGCGUGCUGGACUUUGACAAGGCGCUCCCAUUGUGUUCCACGGCGCUGGGGAUUGCAGAGGGCCGGUUUGGUGAGGACUCGGCAGAAGUGGCUAAGCUCCGGCGGCUUCUCAUGGCUGUCUAUACUGGGUUGGGUCGCCAUGUGGAGGCUCUGGAGCAAAUUGAUCUUGCUAAGAUGGUAUAUGAGCGAUUGGGAUUGAAUGUUGAGCUUUCCCAGGCCGAAAUUGAUGGGGCUAAUAUCCGUAUAUUGUUGGGGAGAUCAGAGGAGGCGAUGAAUGACAUUAAGAGGGUGAUGCAGCGGUCAGACAAGGAGAGUGAGGAGCGUGCACUGGCAUAUGUCACAAUGGCAAAGAUAUUGAUCUCCGAGGAGAGGGUUUCAGACUCGAAGCGGUGCUUGGAGAUUGCCCGGGGGAUCAUUGACGCAAUGGAUUCUAUUGACCCUGGCCGGUUUGCUGAAGUAUAUGCUGAGAUGUCAAUGUUGUAUGAGUCGAUGACACAGUUUGAAAUGCCUUUGAGCGCACUUGACAUGUCUUUGAGCUUGAUGAAGAAAACGCUUGCAGUUCUUGAGAGCGCCAAGGAGAUGCAUCACAUUGAAGGCAGCAUCUCAGCAAGGAUGGGGUGGCUCCUCCUGCAUACUCAAAAAGCUGAUGAGUCUGUUCCUUAUCUGGAGAGAGCGGUUGAUAAGUUGAAGAAUUGUUUUGGACCACGACACUUUGGGUUAGGUUUUGCUUACAAGAAUCUGGGGCAGGCCUAUCUUGAGAUGGACCAACAUCAGUCAGCUGUGAAGUUCUACAAACUUGCAAAUGAUAUUAUUGAAGCUGCAUUUGGACUGACACAUGAGGAUUCUAUUGAUACAAAACAGUCCCUUGCAAAUGCAUACGGACUGAUGGGAAGCUACAAACUUGCUAUAGACUUUCAAGAACAAGUCGUAGAUGCCUACAGUAGGUGUGGCAGUGGUGCCUUUGAGGACCUCAGGGAAGCUAAUAGGCUUUUAGAGCAGCUCAAGAAGAAGGCACAAGGAUUGCCUCAUGCAGUAUUUCCUGCAUAUUCAUUGCCGGUUCUACCUGAAAAUAAUGAUUAGUCCUCCAUCAGUGCCAAUUUAGAUGACUUACUGGUAAACUGUUACUUUACAAGUGACCCCUCAAGUUUUUUUAUUUAGUGCUCUUUUUGUUCUUAUAUAUACUCCAUUACUUGGUUGUGGUAGCGUCAUCUGCGUGGUCAGAAUUGACGUGUUAAAAUCUCUGUAAUUUUGUUGCUGAAUGGUAAUGAAAUUUGGGUUUCUCAUUAUAAAAAAAUGUUUAGAUGCUAGGUUACCCAGCCUGGUAACCAGGUCUGUAGCCUGUCACAUAACACGUUUGAUAGUUUUAGAUCUCGAAAUUCCCUUUCAAUCAUGCACAAGGAUGAUGAUCCUUCUGAAGAAUUCAGGCCCUGUUCGGAAUGUGGGAUGUUUUACCUGUUUCUAUGUUUUUAUGUGAAAUUAAACUGAUUUCUGUGAAUUCCCUGCAUUCCAAAUGGGUCCUAAAUACAUCUACAGAGCUCUAUUUUGGGCAUCUGGAAAAUUACAUUUUGGUUUUCUGAGUUCCAGAUUAUGUGGGCAGCUGCUCUUCAGCCAGGAUUUCUCAUCUUCUUUUGAGAUUAAUUCUACAGGGGUUAAAUGACUAACCAUUGUCCUAUAAAGGUCCCCACACUAACUAUUCUGAGUUUAUGACGCUGUUUGUAUAGCCAAAUAGUUCGAUCAGUAAGUGCAUGCUUGUCUUUGUCCUUACAUUGAUUUCGAUUUCAUUAUUCUCUUCGUGUGGCAUUCAGAGAUUGUUUGCCUGUGCUUGCAUUUUCUGCGUAUCUACAUGCUCAGCUUGCAAGAAGUAUGACCUGAAGUUUUAGCAUUCCAGUUGAACUGAUUCAGAAAGCUCAUGAGUCCAUUCUAUUCCAGUAGCUGAUGGUCCCUCGAUCACUAAUCACUAAGCAUGCCACGGUUUUUAUUUUAUAGAUGCAGUUUUAGUGACAGGUUGGUGAUGAUGUUUUCACCUGGUUGUUUAGACUAUUUUUACUUUUGAGUAACAUGCAAAUAUUUUUGUAUUUCUUCCAUUAUGAUAUUGAUCCUCUAUCUUCCAUUAAAGAUAAGCCUUAAAGGGCAAAGUUAAUGGACCUAUAUUGCACAUCAUGGACUGUAACCGAAACAGCAAAUCUGCACAUCUGAGAAGAUCCUUCACUGACAUUAAAUACAAUAUAUUCAAUCUUUAGCUGUUUUGGAAUGUGUCGAUCUUGAUGUAUUUUUGUCAGGUAGGUACAUAAUGUGAAUAAAGACUGGGAACUACUCUGCAGUGUUGUUUAGUCAUGCAAUCAUGCUACCUUCAGUUUAUUCGUUUGAUGGCAACUGGAUGUAUAUGUUUGGCAAGUUAGAAGCAUGAGAAACAUCAAUUCAGUAACUUCACUGAAGUGGGACCGUGGACAGUUGAUAAUGCAUUCUGCACUGCUACAUUUCAUGAUUAUGUUUGUCAUCAAUUCAGUUAUCAUGGCGACAACACUCUGAUGUGCUGCAUCACAUUGAAAAAAGAGCUCAUAAGUCAUAAACCUUACUCUGAAGGGACUAGCUAAAAUACUGACUGCUAAUUUCCUCCCAAGCGUUAAUAGAUCUCAGUUAAUCUUAUUGUGGUUAGCUGGUUGCAAGUUAAUGUUAGCAUUGGCCGAUGGUCACCCAUGUUGGCAGGCUGGUCUGGUCCAAGUGAUGGAGGCUGGCAGACGAAAGCAUUCUGAAGAGUGUGUUACCGGCUAGAAUCCCAAUGGUACGUUUCUGUUCAUGAGCUCAUCAGCCUGCAGGCUGUGGUCAUGCAUGUGUGAUGGGUGUCCGGAGCUCCUUCAUAUGCAUCAGAGAUGGCUGCACUGAUAGUUAAUGGCGCCUGCUGCGGCAGCGCUGGUUGACCGUUCAGUAACAUCAGACAUCCCCAGAGAUCACUGCAUCAGUCAUGUUCUCUAACUUCCAGUACCCCUACAAUGGUGCAAGCUGCUCAUCUCUUUCACUGCAUCCAUCAUUUUGUUGCCUCAACAGUUGCAUGCCCUCAGAGAUCGGCAGAAAGCAGAACUACACAUCUUUGUCAUUUGUCUUCAAGUUGACAUUGAUUGCCGUUUUGUAUACAAGUGCAAUGUACUAAUGCAUUUGGUGAUGGAUAGUGAGGAUUGGAUGUGAUGUGAUUCCUCCUUAACAUGGCUACCCCACUUGUCCUUAACAUGUGCAUUGGAUAUCAUCACCCCAGUAGAGGAAACUGGGUAUGCAAUAGGCAACCCUGCCUAUUUUUGUGCUGGUUUCAGUGGCUACAACUGCAAAGUUUCCUUGAUCCUCAGCUGUGCUACUGGAUUACUAAUAACGCAUGGGCUUGGCUAUCUCAUUGCUAGAGGAAUGUAUCCACCACUCCACCCUAUUUCUGCUACCUUGGACCAAGUCUUGUGAGGUUUGUCAAGUAUACUACUUUUGCUGCCUUGGGGUAAGGGAUUUGUUUGAUUGUUUCUGACACCCCCGAGGCCCCGACUGAGUGAUGGUUGUUCUCUUUCCAUGGUCACACACAGUUGCCGUUCAGCACUUGUCAGACCCAGGCCCUUAAGUGGAGCGUGAGGUCGUUAUGUAUCUGUCUGGUCGUCUAUAUUGCUGGUGUCUGGAAAUCAAGCAGCCUUCUCCCUCUGGUCCCCUUUUUGCAUCGCUUGUCCCUUUGUCAGUACAGUCCGUAAUCUUUCAGUGCUGUUGGUAGCCCCAUUUUCCGGCCUUGGCUUGUUAAUUUAGUAAUAACGAAACUGAAAGCUGUAGGGAUAGAGAGAGGCCCUGCACAAGCAAACAGGGCUACGUCAAUAGUGUUACUUUGCUUGAUUUCCAGGUAAAGGUUCAAUGGUCAUCUCAACAGGGUGGAACAUUCCAAGCCCAUUACAAGAUCACAAAACUAUGUCGACGAUAUCUUUUGGCAACCUUCAGAUACCUUCUAGUGAACUCCUCACUUACCAUGUUACUGUAAACAGCAAGUGGAGCAGAGUACAACCCACAAUCCAGGUGCUUGUCUGCUAGUAAAUGUCACUGGUGAAAGUGAAACUGUAGUCGCAACCGAUUAGUACCGGCAGUGUAGCUGUCCUUGCUCAUUUGCUAUCUGAUUGAGGGUGUUAGACACAAGAGCUAUAUCAGCAGCGGCCAACACUGAAUCCACAUCGUCGCUACUCGCUAGUGGUCAAGAUUGUUUCCUUGCAGGCAGAUUCUACAGUCGAAGAGACCAUGACAUGCACGUCCAUUGGCUUACUCUCUUUUCAUGAGGUGUACCUGCAAGGGUUUUCAUGAUAGCAAACGACAAUCUGUUGCUGAGAGCCUCUGGUAAGCUCAUGCAUAAGCUACAGGAAGGACAGGUAUGAACAUGUCCCAGCCGUGGCAACCUCCAAGAUCCUCUCGUCGCUGCCCAACUGUCAGGAAAUCUAGUGGCCUUGUGACUUGUGAGGGGCGUUGUAUAUCCGUAUGGCCUUGUUCUGCAUGUGACGGUGUCGCCAUGUUCGUGCGUGGCAUAUUUGGUGCAUCUGGGAGAGCAUGGCUUUCUUCCGAGUGUACGUGUUGCUGAUUGUACUUCCUAUCUGGGUCAUGUUUGGAUGAAUCAGAUUUGAGAUUUUGAUGAA